AGGAAAAAGCACCGAACAUCAUAACUGCAGCUUUAAUUUUACAAAAGAAGUCUCAAUUUCUUUAUCCAUAUUUUUACCUCUCAUUUCAUUAUUUAAGAAGAAGCCAAGUGAUCCAAGAGCAAGGUCGGUGACCCUUUGUGAGUAGAGAGAGAGAGAGAUAGAGAGAUGGGAUCCAAAGCUCUCUUCUUCUUGGCCAUCUUAGCCUUCUCAGCUGUGUCUGGUUUUGCAGAAAAUGAGGCAGACCCAGGUCUUGUUAUGGACUUCUACAAGGACACAUGUCCUCAAGCUGAAGAGAUCAUCAGAGAACAAGUUAAGCUUCUCUACAAACGUCACAAGAAUACUGCAUUCUCAUGGCUGAGGAAUAUCUUCCAUGACUGUGCUGUCCAGUCAUGUGAUGCUUCACUGCUGCUGGAUUCAACAAGGAGGACAUUGUCUGAGAAGGAGACGGAUAGGAGCUUUGGGAUGAGGAACUUCAGGUACAUAGAAGAAAUCAAAGAAGCUGUUGAGAGAGAGUGCCCUGGAGUUGUUUCCUGUUCAGAUAUCCUUGUUCUCAGUGCUAGGGAUGGCAUAGUUUCGCUUGGAGGGCCUUACAUCCCUCUGAAAACUGGAAGAAGAGAUGGUAGGAAGAGCAGAGCAGAUAUACUUGAAGAAUACCUUCCUGACCACAAUGAGAGCAUGUCUGUUGUUCUUGAGAGGUUUGCAGCCAUGGGCAUAGACACCCCCGGAGUUGUUGCCUUACUUGGGGCUCACAGUGUUGGUAGAACUCACUGUGUCAAGUUGGUUCACCGUUUGUACCCAGAGGUGGAUCCUGCACUGAACCCUAAUCAUGUAGAGCACAUGCUCCACAAAUGCCCAGACCCCAUCCCUGACCCAAAGGCUGUGCAGUAUGUAAGAAAUGACCGUGGCACACCGAUGAAGCUGGACAAUAACUAUUACAGGAACAUAUUGGACAAUAAGGGCUUGAUGCUUGUGGACCACCAACUAGCCACUGACAAGAGGACCAAGCCCCAUGUUAAGAAAAUGGCUAAGAGCCAAGACUACUUCUUUAAGGAGUUUUCCAGAGCCAUCACUUUUCUCUCAGAGAACAAUCCUCUCACUGGAACAAAGGGUGAGAUCAGGAAGCAGUGCAAUCUUGCCAACAAGCACCACUAGAAGCUUUGCUACAACUCUUUAACCUCUUCUUCUUUGUUUCUACGAGGCAGGAGAGAGAAAGAGUGACAUAAUAAAAUGGGUUUGUUUUGAGGAGUUUGUUUUCUAGUGGGCCAUACUGGCUUGUUCUUUAGAGUGGCAUGCAAAUGGUGGUGACCAUAUUUGAUUGCAUGCCCUGUUUUAGGUUUCCCCUUGUUUUGUUGGAUUGUUGUCGGUGUUGUUAUGGGUAUGGUUAAUGUUGAGAUGUAUGUAUAUAUGGAUGGAUGGAAGGAGGUGAUGGUGUAUGAUGCAUGAAUUGCAAUGAUCAUAAUUAUUGAUAAUACCUGCACAUAGUGCUUGCUUUCUCCCUUUUCUAUAAUUUGGUGGUA